GAUGGCGAAUACCCAGAUCCAAAAGACCUCUCUCCCGCCCAGCAUGAAUUAUCAGAAAUCAUGCUCAAAAUGAAAGACGACCCCACUUUGAUGGGAAUCCACAUGCUGGGUAAAGAUGGCAUAUACCGAUCCUUAGACGCCGACCGCAACGUGGUCGAUGCCGUCGCGUGUACGCCUCCCCUUAUCAAAGCCCUCUUAGACCGCAUGCCAUAUGAUGCCGAGACUGAGAAGAGCUUCCGAGGCGUUGAUGGAACAAAGACA